GUCUUUUUAUUUUUUCGUUAUCAUGUCAGAGAGUCAAGUUCAUUUACUUCCUUUUUCAGUGGAUAAAGAAGGAUCCAUCAAUACAAAAACGUAUCUUCAUAUUGAGAAACAACAAGAUCAUUAUGAGACAGUAAUACAUGGUAGAAGACUCAUUGGCCAUCAAGUGUAUUUAAACACACCAACACAAGGUCAAGUAUGGACUAAACAAGAAGAAGAUGAAGAAGAAGAUGAAGAAGAAAAUAAAGUAUGGCAUAAAUCAAACAUAACCAUACAAGACUUUAUUUUAUGGAAAAAAGAUACAGCCCCUGAUACACAAGAUCCACGUAUAAACGCAUUAAAACAAUGGAUUCCUAUCUCUCAAGCAGUAAGGUAUAAUAGAAGCGAGUUUAUGUAGACUAAAUUUAGUCAUGAUAGAUUCAUACGCCUAUUCCACUUCCUAAAUCGUAGUGGAAUACUUAUCAAGUCGAAUAUCCAAAUAACGUCCACCAUACAUAUAACCAUGAAAUUUCUCUGUGUACAGACAUGAAUAAAAAGGCAUUACUUUUCUUUUAACUUACCAAUCGCUUUU